AUGUUGAUUCAAGCAGCAAUCACUGCAGUUGAAUCAACAUUAUCUAGACAUCAGCUCAUAUUACAAAGUGUUAGUUUGAUGAUUGAAAGUUCUCUUGAGAAAGCAAAAAAAGAGAUACAACAAGGGCAUAAAGAUGGAGCUAGGCAUGAGUUGAGGAUUAAAUCAUUAUAUGAAGAAGAAGCAAAAAGCAUAAGGCAAGAGAUUUAUGAUCUUGAGAAGGAGAUGAUUCAACUCAAUUCUCUCAUCAAAAGCCAUGAUAGGUAUGAAGCAUUGAGAAAGUCAAAGGAGGGAAUGAGAUACAAACUAGAUGAGUUAGCCGAUGCAAAGGAGCUGCUUGAUGAUAUAAAUGAGCAUAAAGAGGUGACUGGACAGUUCAACAAAAUGCUAACACAAGAUGCUGCUGGGAACCAUAUUGAGGAGGAGCUUGAUCUCUUGCAAAACGAUUUCAACUAG